UUCUGAGUCAGAGGAUGAAGUUACCUAUUAUAAUAAUCUUUCUCCUCCGAUGAUUAUGGACUCACCCGAUAGCCCGAAUGAUUUUAUUAGCACAUUUAGUAUAAUCGAAGGAAUGCAUGCCUGGUUCGAAGAACUGGUUCUCUCAAAACCCACUUACAUGCAGUAUCAUCCACCCGAAUAUAUACAAAGACGUUUAUUAAUACUAGAAUAUGAUGUUAAUAGAAAGGUUCAUUGGAGAAACUUUGUAUUUCGUAUUAAAAAUAAUUUAACCAGAAAUGAAUCCAUAGCCAAUAACUCUGAAUUUAGAGAAUUUAAAACACAAGUAACAUAUUUCCUAACUUUGUAUAUAAAAAAUCGAUCAGCAAUUAUUAUCCAACAAGCAUAUCGUUUAUGGAAAAAACGAAUAAAUCGAUCAGCGAUUAUUAUCCAACAAGCAUAUUGUUUAUGGAAAAAACGAAUAAAUUCGGCCAAAAUAAUUCAGUGUGCAGUGAGGAAAUGGCUUUAUCGACCAGGUGGCACAUUAAUGAAAUGUGCCCAAGAUCG